AUGUUCAAUAAUCAUAAAUCAAAUGUUUUUUUUAACAAGCCUUCUGUUUAUAUCAAUUCUUUUCUGUCUGGUUACUACCAAAAUGUCCGUGGUCUAAGGACCAAAUUAAAUUUAUUAAAAUGUUCAAUACCUUCAUCUACUCUUGAUUUUAUAAUAUUUACUGAGACAUGGUUAAAUAACACUUUCUUUGACAAUGAGUUAGGUUUUACCCAGCAUAAUGUAUUUCGACGUGAUAGAACCGAAAAAACUAGUCCUCAUAACCGUGGUGGAGGAGUUCUCAUCGCUAUUAGGAAGACUUUUAAUUCCAAAUUGCUUAAUAUUGAUACUUUAAACGUUGAACAAGUUUUUGUCAAAGUUAUAGUUUGUGAUCUUUUGAUUAUUUUUUGUGCCGUAUACUUUCCACCUAAUAGUGAUUUACAGUUAUACUUAAAUCACCUUUCAGUCUUAGAGUCUAUUGAGUCUUCUUUUCCGAAUUGUAAGUUUAUCAUUUGUGGUGAUUAUAAUAUUCCCUCCCUAUCCUGGGAAAGUGAUAAGCACGGGCUUAAGUGUGUCAACUUCCUUUCUUCCCAAGUAGGAAGUUCUCUUAUUGAGAGUUGUUCUGUGUUAAAUUUAUACCAGUUUAAUUCUAUCAUUAAUGCUCAUGGAAAUAUUCUAGAUUUGGUGUUUUCUAAUCUCCCAGAGAGCUCCAUAAAUCUUUACGACGACCCGUUUGUCCCUAUUGACCCAUGCCACCCUCCAAUUCAAAUUAAUGUUCGUUUACCUAUCUCUCAGCCUAUUCUUAACAACGACAGAACAAUCUACAAUUAUGUGAAAGGUGAUUAUAUUAAUGCGAACCUGUUUUUUAAUUCUUUUAAUUGGUUGAAAACUUUUAAACACCUCAAUACUGAGGCAGCGGCGCUCGUAUUCCAACACGCACUUUUAGAAGCUUUACACUCUUUUGUCCCUCAAAAAACCAUUAGCACCUCCCAUAAUUUCCCUUACUGGUUUAACAAAGAACUCAAAACCCUUGUUUGGAAGAAAAAUAAAGCUCAUUCAAAUUAUAUCAAAAAUAAAAGUAAAUCAAAUUAUGAAAAAUUCUCCUUGUUGCGUGCUCAAUAUAAAUCGCAGUCUAAAAUUGUUUUUCAUGAUUUUAUAAACCGAUCAGAAAGUGAAAUUAUAAGUAACCCGAAAUAUUUUUGGAACUGGGUUAACUUUAAUACUAAGUCUCAUGGUAUACCCAAUUCUGUAUUCUUAGGUGAUACUAUUGCUAAUAAUGGUGCGGCUAUUGCUAAUUUAUUCUCAGAUUAUUUCUCCUCUGUAUAUAACACUUCACCCGUCCAUUCACCUGAUGAACCUUACAUUUUCGCCUCUACUUAUCAAUUUGAUCACAUCAUCCCCAAUAAAUGUAGUAUCUCUCUUAAUGAGGUAUCUGAUGGUCUACGGGCACUUAUAAAAUGUAGGUCUCCCGGCCCAGAUGGUGUUUCUGGUUACUUCUUGGCAAACUUAGCAAAUUCUAUAGCUUAUCCCAUAUUUAUCUUAUAUAACAAAUCACUUGAGGAAGGAGUAUUUCCAUCCAUCUGGAAAACAAGCUCUAUCACCCCAGUUUUCAAGAAAGGCGAUAAAUCUAACGUCAAAAAUUAUCGCCCCAUCUCUGGUCUAGUACAAAUUGGUAAAUUGUUAGAAAAAUUGGUUCUAGUUCAAAUGAUCAAGCCAAUUAAUAACAUUUUAGACAAAAGCCAGCAUGGUUUUAGACCGGGGAGGUCCACCUUAACUUGUAAUUUAUCGCUGCAAAAUUUCAUACUCAACGCUUUUAAUGAUAAUUGUCAAGUUGACGUAAUUUAUACCGAUUUUGCGAAAGCUUUUGACCGUGUCGAUCAUGAAUUAUUGAUUAUUAUAUUGGAUAAAUUAGGGUUUAGUCAUCCAUUGUUAUCCUGGUUUAAAUCUUAUCUCACAAACAGAUCUCAGUUCACCCAAGUGCAUGGCUUCUACUCAGAGACGGUCCCGGUCCCAUCUGGUACUCCCCAAGGAGGUCACUUAUCGCCCAUUCUAUUCAAUUUAUUUAUAAACGGACUAUCACUUGUUCUUAAAAAAUGCCAAAUUCUGUUUUUUGCGGACGAUUUAAAAAUAUUUACUCGUAUUUCUUCGUUUGAGGAUUGCCUAGUUCUACAAGAUGAAUUAAAUAUAUUAUCUAUAUGGUGUCGUAAUUGGGGAAUGUGUCUCAAUACUGAUAAAUGUUAUUCAAUGUGUUUUUACAGAUCCCGUAGGCAUAUAACCUAUACAUACUCUAUAAAUGAUGUUCAGCUUAGAUCAGUCUCUUCAAUUACAGACUUAGGAGUAACUUUAACCACUAAUUUAAAUUUCCGUGAUCAUAUUGAGAGUGUUGUAAAAAAAUCGUUAAAAGUUCUAGGAUUUAUUAAGCGGCAUUCAUCUGAAUUCAAAAACGUUAGAUCAUUCAAACUCCUGUAUUGUGCAUUAGUCAGGUCUAUUCUUGAAUACGGGGCUCCUAUCUGGAAUCCAUACACCAAAACCGAUAUCGACUUCAUUGAACGCGUUCAAAAUAGGUUUUUAAAAUUCGUAGCCUUUAAAUUUAAUUUGACCAUUGAUAAUCAUGAUUAUACACAAAUCAGAUCUUUUCUUAACAUUCCAGCCUUAUCCUCCAGACGUGAAAUAGCAGAUAUAUCUUUUAUAUAUAAGUUAAUUAAUGGUAUCACCGAUGAUCCUGAUCUUUUAAAAUGCAUCCCCUUUACUAUUCCAGCCUACAAUAACCGUUCCACAUCUUUGUUUUAUAUUCCAGUAUAUAGCACAAACUAUUUGAAAAACUCACCUAUUCCUAGGGCUAUGGCUCUAUGCAAUAAACUUUCGACGAGAGUUGACUUUUUCUUCUCUUCCUUAAAGGAGAUAAUAAAUGCUCACAUGAACAAUGUGAAUACGUAA